UGAGAAUUUUAAAACGUCACUAUUAUUAAUAGUUGUAAUUGAAGUUAUUAAUAUAAUGUAAUUAAAAAAAAUCCGCUCAACUAAAAGCGAAGAGUUAAUAAACCUUGUCAAAAAUAACGCACUUUUGUUUACGAUUGUAAAGUAACAAAAGAUCAUAGAUAAUAUAUAUUUACAUUAGAAUAUUAGAAGCAACCAAUCCCUAAUCUGUAUAAAAAUUAAAAAUGACUGUUUACAAUUUGUAUAUUUUUGAUAAAUAUGGCACAUUACUGUAUUAUGGUGAAUGGAAUCGUUUAAAAAAAUCUGGUAUAACAUUAGAGGAGGAAGCAAAAUUGAUGUAUGGUAUGCUAUUUUCACUUAAAUCUUUUGUAAACAAAAUUUCGCCAACGGAUCCUAAGGAUGGAUUUCUUAAUUACAAAACGAGUAAAUAUGCAUUGCACUAUUUUGAAACACCUUCAGGUUUGAAGUUUGUCAUAAAUACAGACGUUGUCUCAACAAAUGUAAAAGAAGUUUUGCAGCAAUUAUAUUCGAAAAUAUGGGUUGAGUAUGUAGUAAGAGAUCCUCUAUGGGUGCCAGGAGCUCCUGUAACAUCAGAUUUAUUUAAGAGCAAAUUAGAUGAAUUUAUAAGACAAUCUAGUGUUUACAGUAUUAAGAAUAUUUAAGUAAAACAGCGUUUUAGUUUAAGACUAUAAGACUUUAAUCAUGAAUUUCUAUAACACCUAAGAAAUAUGUUUUUCUUUUGAUAUACAUAGCUAUUUGUUCUAAAAUUACAUACAUACAAAUACAUAUAUGUAUGUGUCAACGUAUACAUGAAACAACUAUAAAUGUUUUAUUCGAAUUAUUGAUAUCUUAAUAUUUGAAUUGUUAAUGUUUUAUUCUUGUUCAUACAAGAAUUGAAAAAAAAAACUGGAUUGAAAAUUUAACUUUUGCUAGUGCAAAAUGCUUUGCAAAUUCUUUUAACACUAUAAAUCUAUCACAGGAUUAACUUUUUUUUUAAUUUUUAGUUACGAAAAGUUAAAAUGCAAUUUUUUCUAUUUUAUUAGUUGUAAUAUUUCAAUAAUUUUGUAUAAUAACAUUAAAAAAUUGAGUUCAAAAAAACCUUCCAGACUUUAAUUUUUUUUUUGAUUGCAGUACAUGCUGCACUACAAGAAAAGAUAAUAAAACAUGUGGGAUUUUGUUUAGUACACAUUGCGCCGAGUUUUGUACGAAUUUCAGAAACUAUGACACUUUUUGAUAUUAAUAAGCAGAAUAUUGAUAACCCACUUCUGACUUAGGACUUAUAAAGUAUGCUCAAAUAUCCAAACUACAAAAUCUGCGAAAGGAUUUUUUAAGUUUUUUUAUAACUAAAGCAAAAGUAUUAAAAAUUGGAAGCAGAGCAUAACAAAAAAUUUAAUAUUACUCGAUUAUUACAAAUCAAAAAAAAAAAUUCUUGUUUUCCGUAGAUUUGUAAGUAUGCGUGAAAAGUCUAGAGAUUUAAUUUCCAAAGUUUUACUAAUUAUGUUUUCCACUUAACGCAUUUAUACUUGUAUAAUCACAAAUAAGUAUUAUGUAUAUUUGGUUUUCCAUAAGCUUCACAA